GGGGAGAACCCGGGGGGACACCGGGGGAGGGACACGAGCGGGGAAUCCCGGGGGGGAGGGCAGCGCCACGAGGGGGUUCCCCUGGAUCGAGGGGGGGUCUCAGGGAGCACCCCCGGCCCGGGAGGCGCCCGAGGCACCGAGGGUCCCCCAGAGCGGCCGGGGGUCUCCGAACGUGUCCCAUGGGGGGGGUCCCGAUCCCCUUUUCCUCUGAUCCCCGCGACCGAGGACCCCAAAAUUGCGACACCCGCAAAGGGACAGGAUUGAGACAUUCAACGGGAGGGGGACCAGGACCCCAAAAAAAGGGGAUGGGGACCCUGAGGGGACACAAUCCUCUCCCCGAGGGGGGUGGGAUUUGGAUUCCCGGGGGGAUAAUUCCACCCUCCCCCCAGAGGACGAGACCGCCCGGGGGGGAGGGGGGGGGGGUCAGCGCUCCAGGAUUGAGACCCCCACCCCUGGGAACGGCAGCAGGACCCCCAGGGGGACACGGCCGAGCCCCCAAGGUGACGGGGUCAGGUCCCCACGGGGGGGCCCCGCUGGCCCCCCCUUGUCCCUCCCAGCCCGGCCGGCAGCCAGGGUAUAAAGUUACCCGCGACCUUCCCGGGGGGCACCGCCAGCCCCAAAAUGGAGGAGAAAUCCCCCAAAAUCCCAGUGUUCAACGUGGGGGAGUACCGCAGGGAAGCCGUGCCCAACUACAAGAAUUACGAGUUUUUCCGCCACGAUAACCCCGAGGGGGUGGAAAUCCGCAGGCACUGCGCUCUGGCCGCGCUGAAGGACGUCCGCACCUACCUGAGCUCUGGGGAGGGGCAGGUGGCGGUGUUUGAUGCCACCAACACGACGCGGGAGCGGCGGGAGGUGAUCCUGCAGUUCGCCAAGGAAAACGGGUACAAGGUUCUGUUUGUGGAGUCCAUCUGUGACGACCCCAGGAUCAUCGAGGAGAACAUCAAGCAAGUGAAGCUGAGCAGCCCCGACUACAAGGGCCGUGGGCAGGACGAGGCCGUGGCCGAUUUCCUGAAGCGCAUCGAGUGCUACAAAGCCACCUACGAGCCCCUGGACGACGAGCUGGACAGCGGGCUGUCCUACAUCAAGAUCUUCGACGUGGGCGUGCGGUACCUGGCGAACCGCGUGCAGGGCCACGUGCAGAGCCGCACGGUUUAUUACCUGAUGAACAUCCACGUCACGCCCAGAACCAUCUACCUGAGCGGCCACGGCGAGAGCCAGCUCAACCUGCGCGGCCGCAUCGGCGGCGACUCGGCGCUGUCCCCGCGCGGGCAGCAGUACGCCCAGGCGCUGGCCCAGUUCAUCCGCAGCCAGAACAUCCGCGAGCUGAAGGUGUGGACGAGCCACAUGAAGAGAACCAUCCAGACCGCCGAGGCGCUGGGCGUGCCCUACGAGCAGUGGAAGGCGCUCAAUGAGAUCGACGCCGGGGUGUGUGAGGAGAUGACCUACGAGGAGAUCCAGGAGCGUUACCCCAAGGAGCUGGCGCUGCGGGACCAGGACAAGUACCGCUACCGCUACCCCAAGGGCGAGUCCUACGAGGACCUGGUGCAGCGGCUGGAGCCGGUCAUCAUGGAGCUGGAGCGGCAGGAGAACGUUCUGGUGGUGUGCCACCAGGCUGUCAUGCGCUGCCUGCUGGCUUAUUUCCUGGACAAGAGCGCAGAUGAGCUGCCCUACCUCAAGUGCCCCCUGCACACGGUGCUAAAGCUGACCCCUGUGGCCUACGGGUGUGAGGUCGAGCCCAUCUACCUCAACAUCGAGGCAGUGAACACCCACCGGGCACGACCCCAGGAACUGCACCAGCUCACUCACCUGUGGGGGAACGAGCAGGGAAGGCCAAGAGCGGGCUGAUAUCAAAAGAAUGCAGACACAGGACUCCGGGAGCGGGCAGAGAGGGGAUCACCUCAAUCCACCUUCUGG